UUGCAGAUCUGAUCUCUUCUGAACACCUCACUGUGUCGCCAUCCCUGGGACUCUGAACCUGGUAGCUGGAUCAUUUUGUCCUUGGAAUUUUGGGUGUCCUCUCUUCUCACCUUUUCCUUUUCCCCUUCCCCCUCCUGAGAACUCCUGAAGACUGUAGGACUGUCAUGGAGUCCAGGGAGAUCUUAAGCAGCUCCCGGCAAAGAGGGGGAGAGUCGGAAUUCCUGCCAGUCUCCUCAGCCAAGCCCCCAGCUGCUCCUGGCUGUGCAGGAGAACCUUUGCUCUCUGCUCCAGGACCUGGGAAGGGGAUCCCAGUGAGUGGAGAACGCAUGGAGCCAGAGGAGGAGGAUGAACUGGGCUCAGGGCGGGAUGUGGAUUCCAACUCCAAUGCAGACAGUGAGAAAUGGGUGGCAGGAGAUGGCCUGGAGGAGCAGGAGUUUUCUAUCAAGGAGGCAAAUUUCACAGAGGGGAGUUUGAAGCUGAAGAUUCAGACCACAAAGCGGGCUAAGAAACCCCCAAAGAAUCUGGAGAACUAUAUAUGCCCACCUGAGAUCAAGAUCACCAUCAAGCAGUCUGGGGACCAGAAGGUGUCUCGUGCUGGGAAAAAUAGCAAAGCUACGAAGGAGGAAGAAAGAAGCCACUCUAAAAAGAAGCUCCUCACAGCCAGUGACCUUUCCGCCAGUGACCUCAAAGGAUUUCAGCCACAGGCUUACGAGAGGCCCCAGAAACACUCAACUCUCCACUACGACCCAGGCCUCCCACAGGACUUCACCAGUGACACCUUAAAACCAAAGCACCAGCAAAAAAGCAGCAGCCAGAACCACAUGGACUGGUCCACCAGCUCUGACAGUGGACCCGCCACUCAGAAUUGCUUCAUCAGUCCAGAGUCUGGCAGAGAAACUACAAGCACCAGCAAGAUCCCAGCUCUUGAGCCCAUGGCUUCCUUUGCAAAGGCCCAGGGUAAGAAAGGCAGUGCAGGAAGCACGUGGAGUCAGUUGUCUAACAAUAGCAAAGAUUUGCUCUUGGGGAGUGUGGUUCCAUCCCCAAGCAACCACAGCUCACCAGCCCCACCCAGCAGCUCUGCUGAGUGCAAUGGGCUUCAGCCCCUGGUAGAUCAAGAGGGAGGAGGUGCAAAGGAGCCCCCAGAACCACCUACUAUAAGUAGCAAGAAAAAGUCCAGCAAGAAAGAUGUGAUAAGUCAAACUGUACCAAACCCAGACCUGGACUGGGUCAAGAAUGCCCAGAAAGCAUUUGAUAACACAGAAGGGAAAAGGGAAGGCUACUCUGCAGAUAAUGCCCAAGAGGCAUCGCCAGCCAGGCAGAGCAUGAGUUCCAUUAGUAAUCCUGAAAAUGACUCAAGUCAUGUCCGGAUUACUAUCCCCAUCAAGGCACCUUCUCUAGAUCCAACCAGCCAUAAGAGGAAAAAGAGGCAGUCCAUUAAAGCAGUGGUGGAAAAGAUCAUCCCAGAGAAAGCCCUGGCUUCUGGAAUUGCUAUGAGCAGUGAAGUAGUUAACAGGAUACUCUCCAACUCUGAGGGAAAUAAAAAAGAUCCCCGUGUGCCUAAGUUGGGUAAAAUGAUAGAGAAUGAGUCCCCCUCAGUUGGCCUUGAAACUGGUGGAAAUACCGAGAAAGUUGUCCCAGGAGGUGUGCCUAAGCAGCGAAAGCCACCCAUAGUCAUGACGCCUCCAACAUGCACAGACCACUCUCCAUCAAGAAAGCUGCCAGAAAUCCAACAUCCAAAAUUUGCUGCAAAACGGAGGUGGACGUGCAGCAAACCAAAACCCACCAGUAUGCUCCGUGAGGCAGUCAUGGCCGCCUCUGAUAAACUUAUGGUGGAACCGCCAUCUGCUUACCCCAUCACCCCAUCCAGCCCUCUGUACACCAACACAGACAGUCUUACUGUGAUCACUCCAGUCAAAAAGAAGCGGGGACGACCAAAGAAGCAGCCUUUGCUCACAGUUGAGACGAUUCACGAGGGUACUUCCACCAGCCCAGUCAGUCCCAUCAGCCGAGAGUUUCCUGGCACCAAGAAAAGAAAGAGGCGACACAAUUUAGCUAAGUUGGCCCAGCUAGUACCAGGAGAGGACAAACCCAUGAGCGAGAUGAAAUUUCACAAAAAAGUUGGAAAGCUUGGUGUGUUGGAUAAGAAGACCAUCAAAACGAUCAAUAAGAUGAAGACACUCAAGAGGAAAAAUAUCUUGAACCAGAUCUUGUCCUGCUCCAGCAACAUGGCUUUGAAGGCGAAAGCUCCCCCGGAAACCAGCCCAGGGGCAUCAGCAAUCGAAAGCAAACUGGGCAAGCAGAUUAACGUCAGCAAGAGGGGAACCAUCUAUAUUGGCAAGAAGAGGGGCAGGAAGCCAAGAACAGAGCUGCCACCCCCAUCCGAAGAACCCAAAACAGCCAUCAAGCACCCAAGGCCUGUUUCUAGCCAGCCGGAUGUUCCAGCCGUGCCUUCCAACUUUCAGUCACUUGUGGCAUCUUCACCAGCAGCUAUGCACCCACUUUCAACACAGUUAGGUGGGUCAAAUGGCAACCUGAGCCCCGCCAGCACUGAAACCAAUUUUUCAGAGUUGAAAACUAUGCCAAAUCUCCAGCCCAUCAGUGCUCUUCCAACCAAAACCCAAAAGGGAAUACACAGUGGAACCUGGAAGCUGUCACCACCCAGGCUGAUGGCCAACUCACCUUCACACCUUUGUGAGAUCGGCUCACUAAAGGAAAUAACGCUGUCCCCUGUGAGCGAGUCGCACAGUGAGGAGACGAUACCAAGUGACAGUGGCAUCGGGACAGACAACAACAGCACGUCUGACCAAGCGGAGAAGAGUUCAGAAUCCCGACGGAGGUACUCUUUUGACUUCUGCUCCCUGGACAACCCGGAGGCCAUACCGUCUGACACCAGCACAAAAAACCGGCAUGGCCACCGGCAGAAGCACCUCAUGGUGGACAACUUCCUGGCCCACGAAAGCCUCAAGAAGCCAAAGCACAAGAGGAAACGGAAAAGCCUGCAAAACCGUGAUGAUCUCCAGUUUCUGGCAGACCUGGAAGAGCUCAUAACCAAGUUCCAGGUGUUCAGGAUCUCCCACCGGAGUUACACAUUUUACCAUGAGAAUCCAUAUCCCAGCAUUUUUCGAAUUAAUUUUGAUCACUAUUACCCGGUGCCAUAUAUCCAGUAUGACCCGUUGCUCUAUCUUCGUAGGACUUCAGACUUGAAGUCAAAGAAGAAGCGUGGUAGGCCUGCAAAAACCAAUGACACCAUGACAAAGGUGCCUUUUUUACAAGGGUUCAGCUACCCUAUUCCCAGUGGAAGUUACUAUGCACCCUAUGGAAUGCCUUACACAUCAAUGCCUAUGAUGAACCUCGGUUAUUACGGUCAGUACCCAGCUCCUUUGUACCUAUCGCACACACUUGGAGCAGCUUCCCCAUUUAUGAGGCCAACAGUGCCCCCACCUCAGUUCCACACGAGCUCCCAUGUAAAGAUGUCUGGUACAGCUAAGCAUAAAGCCAAGCAUGGAGUACACCUGCAAGGACCUGUUGGCAUGGGCCUUGGUGACAUGCAGCCAUCCCUGAACCCUCCCAAGGUGGGCAGUGCCAGUCUGUCCAGCAGUCGGCUCCACAAGAGGAAACAUAAACACAAGCAUAAGCACAAGGAAGACCGGAUCCUAGGGACCCAUGACAACCUGAGUGGUCUCUUUGCAGGCAAAGCCACAGGCUUCUCCAGCCACAUCCUAAGCGAGCGGCUGAGCAGCGCAGACAAAGAGCUCCCAUUGGUGAGUGAGAAGAACAAGCAUAAGGAGAAACAGAGGCACCAGCACAGUGAAGCCAGCCACAGAGCUUCGAAGAACAACUUUGAAGUGGACACCCUGUCUACGCUGUCACUUUCUGAUGCCCAGCAUUGGACGCAGACCAAGGACAAAGGUGACCUGAGCAGUGAGCCUGUGGACUCAUGCACUAAAAGGUACUCUGGCAGUGGUGGGGACAGUGGCAGCACGAGAUCAGACAGCCUGGACGUAUUCAGUGAAAUGACCCCUUCAAAUGACAAGUGGGACAAUGAUGUGAGUGGGAGUAAAAGGAGGAGCUUUGAGGGCUUUGGGACGUACAGAGAGAAGGACAUCCAAGCCUUCAAGAUGACCCGCAAGGAGAGAAGUUCUUAUGACUCCUCCAUGUCUCCAGAUGGCAAGGAGUUAAUGAAUAAGAAAGCAGAUGACAAGAAAGUGAAGGCUGCAGGUGCAGAAAGUGAAAACUCGGUUGUGGUUCCAGCAGAGCUCCAGCUUCUAAGGAGACUUUGCUUCAGGAGUCAGCCCUUGAUGAGCAGUGGCAUUCCUAUUCUCAGGGGCAUUAAGGGGGAGAUAGUAGAUGGAGCAGGUGAGUCCCGAGAGCUGGCUGCUGUGGCUCCCCCACUCUUCAAUGGAGCGGCUGACGAGAUUGAGGAGGUGGGCAGUGAAUCG